ACAUUGCAAGUGAUCUGAGCUCGACAUCUGCAAGGGCGAGGUCGCUUUCGGCUGCCAAAAUGACGCUGUCAAAGAGAAACUAGUUUUUAUUACCUUUGCAGAGGUUUCGAUAGAAUAUAGGCAAGAAAAAAUCAAUCAUGAAGUUGUUGCUGUUGUUCAUCUUAUGUUUUCCUAAUUAUCUGCAAGCGGCGCUGGUGGACCCAACACCCAAGUUUAUGCAGGAUGUUGACGUGAGUUAUAACCCAGCGUUCUGCAGCAUACUGGAGAAUACAGACCAGAUCAGUUCAAAUGGAGCUACAGUUAAAGAUAUUGGUGUUUCUUCAUUCACUGGGGCGGUGUCGGUGAGUGACCAUGUCUUAAGUAUUAAUGGCGUACAGGAAUAUUUAGACACAGAGAGCUUUUCUCUUGACACUCUCACUGACCAGUUACAUUGGCCAAAUGAAGUUUCUCAAGUUCCAGAUGGUCUUUUUAACAACCGCGUGUGGGCGGUUGCGAGCGGUUUCUUUCUUCCUGGUAAAGAUGACGGUUCUAUUGCUUUGAUGGACGUUUCCGACAAAAGCAACACAGCGCCAGUGAUCAUUUCAAAUCAAGCGGAGGGUGAGAAGUGGUUUUACCACCGAGUGCUUUGGAUGGAUAUGAACAAGGAUGGACAUCUGGAUGCUGUGACUGCGCGUGCUUAUGGAACCGGCGCGGCAGCGGAAGCGUCUCAGUUGGUUUGGUUUGAAAACCCCGGCUUCAAAUAUCUCACACCUUUAUGGCAGCUCCAUGUCUUGCACGAAGGAUCUGAAGAUGUAGCUUUCCGUAUUCACUAUAUGACCUUGCCUGGUGGGAGUACUGCUCCUGUUAUCAUCAGCGCCGGUUUCUGGAGCUUUGAACUUGGGUUGACGUGGAGCGCGACUGGAGAUUGGGAAGACGCGUCAUCAAUACGUCACAUGGCCGUCGAUAACUAUGGCUGGUACUUUGAUCUUCAGAUAGUUGAUGUGAACAUGGAUGGACGGUUGGACGUCCUGUGCACAACAUGGAGUCAGUUAGGAAGUCCGGGUGCAUUGCUUGCAUACGAGAUACCAGACGACUGGCAAAACGAGUCAUGGACCAGACAUGUUCUUCAAACUGGCUACAAAGACUUUCCUAUUCCUGGAUCUGGUUCACCAGGUUCUGCAACCGCUUUCUGGCCACUUGCGAGCAUGGAAUCGGCGGGCGUCAAGCCAUAUGUUAUGGUUACUGGCGACGAUGACGGUCAGGCUUACGUGGUAACAGCGAACUCUGAAGAUCCUGACGACUGGACUUAUUCAUCUGUAACAAUAUACAGUGAUGGGCGGGGUACAGUUGGGGCAAUUGCUGUCGGUGACGUAGACGGGGACGGCGCGAGCGAAGUUUUUCUGCCAUUGUACGAAAAACGAUCUGUUCGUGUAAUGACAUAUCUGCAGUAAUUUGAAAGGAAGAUUCAAAACGUAGUUUAAAAGUUACGUUACUAUGUCAAAAUAAAAUGGUGUAAUGAAAAAA